GGACUGAAGAAUCGCCCGAAGAAUCGGGCGAUUCUUUCCGCUGAACACACCCUUACACCUUCAUGAACGGCUGAGCCAUCUUCCUGCUCUUGUUGCACCUGUCUGUUUCUGCGCGCAUCGUACUGCACGCCAACAUUAUCGGACGUUUCGCAAACAUCCAUCGGAGGCCUUUCAAGUGCUUCGACAUACUCGUUGCAUCACAUUAUAGCCUCAGCUCGUCGUGCAAACGGCGUCGUAUGUCUGUCAACGAAACAGCCCCAGGUCCCGGGUCUCAGGAUUUUGGAAGGCAGCGCGAAGCAGUACGAGGUGGGAACUCCCGUGGUCGAGGUGGCGAUUCCACAGGCAGAGGUCGGGGAGGCAGCGGCGGCAGGGGUGGAGGAUCUGCGAAGCCAGGAGGGCGCCCUAAAGACUCCCCCGAAGUCCGGAUCUCAAAGACGUUGUCUGGAAUCCUCCGCCACCGGGGACAAAAUGAGGGCCUUGCCAUGCGUCCAGAUGGCUACGUCCGCGUAGCUGAGCUUCUCCAGCGUCCGAAAUUGCAAGCAUUGAAAUUCGACGCGUUGCAAGAAAUAGUGAAGAACGACUCCAAGAGCCGAUAUAGCCUCAUUCUUGAAGCCGAUCCUAGCUCCGGCGAGGAGGUCUGGUGGAUUAGAGCGAACCAGGGGCAUUCAAUAAAGUCUGUGGUUUUGGAAUACGAACCCAUCAAGUCUGCCAAUGAAAUACCUACCAGCAUCGCGGUUCAUGGCACAAACAAACGCGCGUGGGAGAGCAUCAAGGAACAAGGGCUCAGCAAGAUGGCCCGUAACCACAUACACCUCGCGCAAGGCGUAGCCGGUUCAGGCGUCAUUAGCGGCAUGCGAAGCUCGUCUCAGAUUUUGAUUUACGUCGACGUGCAGAAGGCACUCGACGCGGGGAUCAAAUUCUACAUAUCCGCCAACGGCGUCGUUCUGACCGAGGGCGACGAGCGCGGAUUCGUCCCUCCUCAAUUCUUCUCGCGAAUUGAGACCGCCAACGGCGCCCCGCUGCCCGGUUGGGACGGUCCACGCAGUUCCCUGCCAGACGCACCUGCAAAUUCCGCCGAGAUUGGGCAACUGACCAAAGCGAGCGUCGUCGUGAGGCCCAGCAAGACUGUGGAGAGCGUGCAGACGUCGCACACGUCAGAAACUGGAGUAAAGGAAAUUGAGGAGAAGAUAGCAAGUACCACUUUGUCAGCUCAAGAAUAAAAUCCGUUGAAGCCCAUCCAUAUCUUCUAACCCG